AUGGAGUACAAACCUAUAGUCCUCUGUGGUGGUACCGGUGGGGGACUGAUGGAGUACAAACCUAUAAUCCUUUGUGGUGGUACCUGUGGGGGACUGAUGGAGUACAAACCUAUAGUCCUCUGUGGUGGUACCAGUGGGGGACUGAUGGAGUACAAACCUAUAGUCCUCUGUGGUGGUACCAGUGGGGGACUGAUGGAGUACAAACCUAUAGUCCUCUGUGGUGGUACCAGUGGGGGACUGAUGGAGUACAAACCUAUAGUCCUCUGUGGUGGUACCAGUGGGGGACUGAUGGAGUACAAACCUAUAAUCCUUUGUGGUGGUACCUGUGGGGGACUGAUGGAGUACAAACCUAUAGUCCUCUGUGGUGGUACCAGUGGGGGACUGAUGGAGUACAAACCUACAGUCCUCUGUGGUGAUACCAGUGGGGGACUGAUGGAGUACAAACCUAUAGUCCUCUGUGGUGGUACCAGUGGGGGACUGAUGGAGUACAAACCUAUAGUCCUCUGUGGUGACACCAAUGGGGAACUGAUGGAGUACAAACCUAUAGUCCUCUGUGGUGGUACCAGUGGGGUACUGAUGGAGUACAAACCUAUAUUCCUCUGUGGUGGUACCAGUGGCGACUGA